AUGUUAUGGCAUGAAGGUUGUGUUGGUAAAUUUCGUAAAAUGGGCAUUCCACCAUCAUUCACUAAUUGGAUCAGAGCUUGGCUUGAGAAUAGAAGAGGAUUCAUUGAAAUUAUUAGUGUAAAAUCUAGAUGGUUUGGGAUUGAAAAAGGUGGUCCCCAGGGAAGUUCCCUUACGCCUACUGUUUUUAUAUCAUAUCAUGCUGAUAUGCCUGCUUUUCUUUCGUGGUCGUCGUCGCAUCUUUUUGCUGACGACUUGGCCGCUGUUGUUGCUGGUCAGAUAGGAUUGAAGUUUUCUAUUCAAUGUAUAGAUCUAGAGAAAAGACUCAAGUUAUUUUGUGAUCAACUUGAAUACUAUUAUCUUCUUACACUUCAACCGAUAAAUUAUACUAAAACUGAAGCUUUAUGGAGUACACGUGCUCCUUUUUCUCCUCAAUUUGAUAUUAUACUUGGUGGUCAUACAAUUAAGAUGGGGCAAACUAAUCCAUAUGUCUAUGUUGAAAAUUAG